AUGCGGGGGGCUCCAGAGGACCCCUGCCACCCGCUGGCGCUGCUGCCGGUGCUCUGGUUACUGACCCGCGCGGCGCGUCUCCACGGCAGCCUGGACCCCCUGCAAUGUUACUGUGUUGGGCUGUGGGGGGACCUGAACUGCUCCUGGGGUGGUCUUGGGGACCAGGAAGUACCAUCCACCCUGCACCUGGAGAGCCAGAAGUACCACCCCAACAGGACCUGGACAGUGGCAGUGCCCCCAGGGCAGGGCUGGGUGACCCUGGCCCGGGAAUACCUCACCGCGUCUGACCAGCUCCUCGUCUGGGGGGCCAUGGGGGGCCGACGCCUCUGGCCCCCGGUCCUGGUGAACCUGGAGAGCCGAAUGAAGCCGGACGCGCCCAUCCUGGACCCUGCCGUGGAUUUUCCCGAGGAGGCGCCCGGGGAGGCGAGGAUCACGUGGCGCCCGCCUGCCUGGCCGCGGCACAAGCACCUGGUCUGCAGGUUCUACUAUCGGCGAGGCCAGGAAAACACCUGGACCCAGCUGGACCUGGAGCUGGGGUCCACCGCUCUGAGCCCUCUGGAACUCCAGGACCUGCAGCCGGUCACGACCUACGAAGUGCAUGGCCAGUGCCGCGUGGAAACCGAGGAGGACCUUUGGGGCGAGCUGAGCCCUAUUCUCUCCUUCCAGACGCUGCCACCCGCUCCAGAGGAGGUGUGGAUUCUGGGGCAUGGCUGCGGGUCGCUGGACGCACAGGACCCCAUGCUUCUGUGGAAGGCUCCGGCAAGCAGCGUGCAAACGAGCUAUACAGUUUGGUACCAAGUGGAGGGCAAGCUGCUGAGCCAGAAGGGGGUCCCCUGCUGUCGCGCCCCUAUCCCCACCACGGCCAUGUCCGCAGGGGUGUCUCUCUCCAAUGGGGUCACCAGCCCGGAGUCCAGGGCCAACCUCUCCUUGGGUUGUUCGGCUCCAGGCUCCGCCCCCCAGGACGUGGUGCUCCGCCACGUGGCCAGGGGCAGUGGGCUCUUGGUGACUUGGCGUCGGGGCUCGGAGGCAGCCUGGGGAUACGUGGUAGACUGGGUCCCGGACACAGACACCCCUGGGGAACUCAGCUGGGUCCGGCUUCCCCCCGAGAACCUCAGUGCCCUGUUGCCAGGUCACUUCGAAGGAGGGGUCCCCUACCGGGUCACGGUCACUGCUGUCUCUGAGAGGGGCUUGGCCCCUGCCCCCUCCUUGUGGGCGUUCACCGAGGAACUAGCACCCCUCAAGGGGCCCACACUGCGGAGACUCCAGGAUGCUCCCCUCAGGACCCCCAUCAUAGCGUGGGACGAACUCCCAAGGCACCAGCUUCGGGGUCACCUCUCCCACUACACGCUGUGCACGCGGACAGGGACUGACGCCCCGGCCUGCAGCAAUGUGAGUGGCAGUACCCGGAGUCUCCCACUACCCAGCCUUUCCUGGGGUCCGUGCGAGCUGUGGAUGACGGCGUCCACCCGAGUAGGACAGGGCCCCCCUGGCCCCAGCCUUCGGUUUUACCUGCCAGAAAACGCCCCAGCGGCGUGGAAAGUGGUGCUGGUUCUCCUCGCCUCCUGCAGCGUGUUCCUGCUGGGCCUGCUCUUCUGCAGAAGGUGCUCGCAGCGGGUGUGGGAGAAGACUCCAGAUCCUGCCAACAGCAGUUUCUACUUCCGCCAGCCCCAUGUUCAGGAGCCGCCCUACGCCCAACCCCCUGGGGACUUGCCUUUCCUGAAAGUGGAGGAGAUGGAGCCACCAGCGCCCCCCAGCCCCCCCAAGGCCUCCCGUCUGCUGGAUACUGGGUAUGAGAAACAUUUCCUACCCACACCUGAGGCACUGGGCCUCCUGCCCCCGUGUUCCCCAGGCUCCCGGGCUGAGCCUGAACCAGCCUCGUCCAGGGAGAGGGAUGUUCAGUGGACAGAUGAAGAUGCUGAGGAUCAGAGAAGCUGA